AUGCUUAGAUUGGUUCAGACACGUCUUCUUCUAGAGACAACAGGUACUCUGAGAACUGCUUUACUCUUCUUGUCUUGCUGUGGACGAGUCAUUUCAAGUGUCAGUGAUGGGAAAGUCUCCUAUAGAAAGAGAUUGAGGAAUGGGAUUACUGAUAUCAAGGCAGAUGAUGCUGUUGAUCUAUUCCAAGACAUGAUUAGGUCUCGUCCUCUUCCCGCUGUCAUUGAUUUCAAUAGAUUGUUUGGUGUCGUUGCCAGAACAAAGCAGUAUGAUCUCGUUUUAGCUCUCUCCAAGCAGAUGGAGUUGAUUGGGGUUGCGUAUGACUUGUACACUCUCAAUAUUGUCAUCAAUUGUUUCUGUCGCUGUCGUAAAGUUCAAUUCGCUUAUUCUGUUUUGGGGAAAGUCAUGAAGUUUGGUUAUGAGUCUGACACAACCACAUUUAACACUCUACUCAAUGGCUUAUGUCUCGAGGGUCGAGUUCCCGAAGCUGUGGAGUUAGUUGAUCGAAUGAUAGAAAUGGGACAUAGACCCGAUCUCAUAACGAUCAACACUUUGGUCAAUGGACUUUGUCUCAAUGGCAAAGUGUCUGAAGCUGUGGUUUUGAUCGAUCGAAUGGUUAUGGAUAUGUUAUCGGAUGGUAGAUUAAAGAAAAGCUUUUUGGAUAGGCUAUCGUGA